GGAUCUCUUACAACAAAACACCUAACAUCUAUUUAUAAAGGACAAAAGGCCGGUAGGCAUCCUAACUAAUUCAUCUUUCGCCGCCGCCGCCUCAAGGUUUACGCCCAAGUCUGCUACCGUCGACUUUUACUUGUAUUGUUAUCGUUUGUCCAUUAGGUUUUCUGUAAUCACGUCGUGAUUUUCUUUCUACGGUCGUAUUUUGCUUUCACAAGAUUGUCUCACAAAAUUCCCAAACAAUUGAGGUCUUUCUUCAUCAAAUCAGAUCGCCAAUUGAAUUUGCAAUCAUCCUCUAUCUCGUUUUCUAACCUUUUAUUUAUAGAAUCUUGACCAAUCAUUUCUCUGAAUAUAUUCACAUUUAAGUUGCACUUUAUCUUUUGAUAUGCGAUCCUAAAUCACCUUUUUUUUUUUAAUAACUUUAUGUAAUUUUCCCACUCUAAAUCUUCAAUAUGUCUAAAGUCUAUGAAAUUGUGAAAGGACAAGACAUGUCAUUUGUUUGCAAAAUCUUACUAAACCAAAACUAUACGUCAAAAAGAAGUGACUUCCCAAUUAGUGGGGAACUUUUAUUUUACAAGUAAAAGGGACAUUGACCAAGCAUGUGAUCCAACGACUAACACAUCACAAAAACAAUAUAAAAAUCGACUCUCUCCUUGACUUCCCACGCGUCUAUGUAGGUCCCACCACCUCUCUAGCUGCUGCUACUUCUUACCCAUUUUCCUUCACCCCCCCCCGCCCCACCCCACACCAGACCUAUAUAUAUGUGCUGUAUGUAAUUCAUUACCAUAUUCUUGUUCCUCAAUUUCAUUAACCCCCUUGAACAAGAGAGAGCUGUUUGGUGAAUUCUUGAUUUACAUGUCAAUGAAACAGACUCCUAUGUCUCCAAACAAACAUACCUCUAAUGGAAAUGCUAGUGUUUUGCCACCGGAGAACGGCUUUAGCGAUUCACUCUCUAUGUUGAAUUCUGAGAAGGCUGUAGAAGAACUUAUUCAACAGCCUAUUCUUCACGGGAUUGAUGAUCAUCUGAUUGAAUUUGCUGAAGCUUUGAGAACUGUUGCAAAGGCACUAAGACAAGCUGCUGAAGGGAAGGCUUCUUCACAAGCGGAGGCUUCUGAAUGGAAGCGUAAAUAUGAAUUGGAGAGGUCACGUAAUUUGCAGUUAGAGAAAAGAGCAAUGCCAUCAGAGAAGCAUUUGGAUGAGAAUGGGCGAGUAGCGUCAGAUGGUGCUGUGGAGAAAUCUGACAAAUGUUGUGGGGAGCAUGGAAUUUGCUCUCAUCAGGUUCUUCGUGAUGGAGAACAUGAUCAUGAUGCCACUGUUGUUCCAAACAAGAUGAUCAGAAAGGCAUCAUUCAAGUUGUCAUGGUGUUGCAACGGUGACAAAAGUAAUCAGAAAAAACACGAUAUUGUCUCUUUUGAGAAGGGAAACAUAACAACUGCAGAACGUAGCAGUAAACAGAUUUCUUUGAAGUGGGAAUCUCCCCCACAAACAGUGCUUAUACUGACAAAGCCAAAUUCAACUGCUGUUAGAAUGCUUUGUUCAGAAAUGGUCAGAUGGCUAAAAGAGCAGAAAAGCUUGAACAUUUUCGUUGAACCACGGGUGCGCACUGAACUUCUAACAGAGUCAUCAUAUUACCAGUUUGUACAAACUUGGGAAAAUGACAAGGAAAUUCUGUUUCUCCACACAAAGGUUGAUGUUGUUGUAACUCUUGGUGGGGACGGAACCGUCCUUUGGGCAGCGUCAAUGUUCAAAGGUCCAGUUCCUCCUGUUGUCCCAUUUUCUUUAGGUUCUCUUGGCUUCAUGACCCCAUUCCAUAGCGAGCGUUACAAGGAAUAUCUUGAUUCAAUUCUUCGUGGUCCCAUAAGCAUCAUGCUGAGGCAUCGUCUCCAGUGUCACGUGAUUAGAGAUUCAGCUAAAAGUGAUCUGGAUAGUGAAGAGCCCAUACUUGUGCUCAACGAAGUCACAAUUGACCGUGGGAUUUCAUCAUUUCUAACAAAUCUGGAAUGCUAUUGCGAUAAUUCUUUUGUUACCUGCGUACAAGGGGAUGGCUUAAUUUUGUCAACAACAUCAGGAAGUACCGCAUAUUCUCUUGCAGCCGGAGGGUCAAUGGUCCAUCCUCAGGUUCCUGGCAUUCUCUUUACACCUAUCUGCCCACAUUCGUUAUCCUUUCGUCCUCUCAUUUUGCCCGAGCAUGUGACAAUCCGAGUACAAGUACCUUUCAACAGUAGAGGUCAUGCAUGGGCAUCAUUUGAUGGGAAGGACAGGAAAAAGUUGGCACCAGGGGAUGCCCUUGUUUGUAGCAUGGCUACUUGGCCUGUACCAACUGCAUGUCAAGCUGAUUCUACCAGCGACUUCUUACGUAGCAUACAUGAAGGUCUUCACUGGAAUUUGAGGAAGAUGCAGUCUUUUGAUGGCCCUCGAGAGACACAUGAUCAGGUCUAACCUUUUAUCUAGUAAGGAAAUGAGGAGGCUUUCUGAAUCCGUCUUAUUUUGAAGUAUCAAUCAAGAUUUCCUGCUCAAUUAAUGCAGAGAGGGGUCAUGAUGCACAUACGCGCUUAUACAUGCAAAUGUAGUGUUAACUAUUAACUUUGAGAAUGAUGAGUCUCAACCUUAGGUGGUUUAUUGUUGUUUGUAACUUGGACAUAAUAAUAAGAAUAUAGGAAGGAUUUUUGUACCA